GCAAACCACGGUACAGAAAAAUAAAGAGCCUUGUUCAUAGGUCCUGAACCACAUUGUCUCCAUCAUUAUUUAUUAAUCUAUACAGUUCUUCAUCCUUGCAUUGUGUGUUCUGUAUCUCAUACCAGAAUCCAAUGAGAAUUUCAUUUGUUCCAUGGCUUUCCUUCAUAUUCUGCUAUUGGUAUUGGACUCAUCAUGGUGUUGCAAUCACUGUGGUCCAUGGCCAAUGUCUCGAGGAUCAACAACAAUUGCUGCUUAAAUUGAAGAGCAGCCUCAAAUUCAAGCAUCAAUUUUCCAGCAAACUGGUGUCUUGGAAUGAAAGCAUUGAUUGCUGCCAGUGGAAUGGUGUAACAUGUUUUGAUAAUAGACAUGUUUCUGGUCUUGACCUGAGUCUGGAAUCAAUCCAGGGUGGUUUCGACAAUUCAAGUAGCCUUUUCAGUCUCCAAAAUCUCCAAGUUUUGAAUUUGGCUAUCAAUAACUUCAAUUCAGUGAUACCAGCAGGAUUCAACAAGUUGAAGAACUUGACUUAUCUGAAUUUGUCAUAUGCUGGCUUUGUGGGAGAUAUUCCAGUAGAGAUUUCACAGUUGACAAGGUUAGUUACUCUGGAUAUUUCUUCCUUCUGUUCUUAUUUCGCGCAGCGACAACUAAGAUUAAAGAAUCCAAACAUGCAAAAGAUUGUCCAGAAGCUCACCAGGAUUCGGCAACUGUAUCUGGAUGGUGUCACUAUAACAGCUCAGGGACAUGAAUGGUGCAAUGCUUUGUUGCAACUACCAAAUUUGCAAGAAGUGAGCAUGUCAUGCUGCAAUCUCUCAGGAUCCCUUGAUUCUUCACUUACUAGACUUAAGAAUCUCUCGGUGAUUCGACUCGAUGGGAAUGAUUUAUUUUCAUCUGUUCCAGAAUCCUUUGCCAAUUUCAAAAACCUAACCUCCCUGAGCCUUAGUGAUUGCAGAUUGAGAGGAAAGUUUCCAGUGAAGAUCUUUGAGGUAGCAACAUUGUCUGAUAUAGACAUCUCAUUCAACAUGGAUCUUCACGGCCCUUUGCCAGAAUUUUCGCUGAAUGGACAUCUUCGAAAGUUGGUUGUAAGUAACACAAGUUUAUCAGGAGCACUACCUGUAUCUAUAAGUAAUCUGAGUCAGUUAUCCCACUUAGAUCUUUCUUUCAGCCAAUUUAAUGGAACACUUCCUAUUUCAUUGUCAAAACUCAAGGAACUCACCUAUCUGGACUUAUCAUUCAAUAACUUUAGUGGUCCAGUUCCAUCUUUCUAUAUGUCCAAGAAUCUCACACAUUUAGACAUGUCUUUCAAUCUCCUCAAUGGAUGCCUUCCUCCUUCUCUUUUUACACUUCCAUUCAUUCGACUUAUUCAACUUUCCGACAACAAUUUUCAGUGUCCUCUGCAUGUACUUUCAAGUUCUACUUCCAACGUGUUGGAGACUCUGGAUUUAAGCAAUAACAAUUUACAAGGGUCCAUUCCUGUAACUAUUUUUCAAUUCAAAUCACUUGGUGUUCUGCAGUUGUCCUCCAACAAGUUCAAUGGAACAAUACAGAUAGAUAUGUUUCAAAAACUUGAAUACCUAACCACACUAGAUCUUUCACAGAAUAACUUGUUAAUAGAUGCAAAUGUUAGGGACUCACAUCUAUCUUUCCUCCCCAAAAUGAGGAAUGUAAAGUUGGCUUCCUGCAAUUUGACAAAAUUCCCAAGUUUUAUAAGAAACCAAUCCAAAUUAGUUUCUUUGGACCUCUCAAGCAACAAUAUUCAAGGAUCUAUACCUAGAUGGAUUUGGCAACUUGGGUCCCUCACUCAAUUCAAUAUCUCCAACAAUUUUCUCACCAUGAUUGAAGGACCUGUGCAGAAUGCUAGUUCUACUUUGAGUGUGAUUGACCUUCACUCGAACCAACUCACGGGCAACCUUCCAGUAUUUCCAGUACAUGCCACUUAUUUGGACUACUCAAUGAAUGACUUCAGCUCCUCUAUUCCACCAAAGAUUGGAAGCUACCUUUCAUCCAUAAUUUUCAUGUCUCUUUCAAGAAAUAGAUUAGUUGGGAGUCUUCCUGAAUCAUUGUGCAAUAAUUCAAAUCUUCUAGUUCUAGAUUUUUCCUACAAUCAACUUAAAGGGACAAUUCCAAGGUGCUUAAUGCAAUCUGAGACCGUUGUGGUGUUAAAUCUGCAACAUAACCAACUCAGUGGAAACAUCGAUUUCACCUUUCCGGUAUCUUGUAAAUUAAGGACUUUAAAUCUCAAUGGAAAUCAACUGGUUGGUCCAAUUCCUAAAACUCUUUCGAAUUGCAAAGAAUUAGAGGUCUUAAACAUUGGAAAUAAUCAUGUUAAUGAUGGAUUUCCAUGUUUCUUAAAGAAGUUAUCCACACUUCGUGUGAUGGUCUUGCGGGAAAAUAAAAUGCAUGGUAUCAUUGGAUGUCCUAAUAUCAGCAGUAACUGGCAGAUGCUCCAAAUUGUUGAUCUGGCUUUGAACAACUUUAGUGGCUUACUUCCAGGAAAAGCCUUCAAAACUUGGAAAUCAAUGAUGCUUGAUGAGGAUCCGGGUAUAUUAAAUUUCAGUCAAAUUCAAUCUCAGGUACUUAAAUAUAGUAGUGGUGGUAUUUACUAUCAUGAUUCAGUGACAGUUGCCAUCAAAGGUAUACAAGUAGAGCUCGUUAAAAUCCUAAAUGUGUUCACUAUUAUUGACUUCUCAUCCAACAAGCUUCAAGGGCCAAUACCAGAAGAACUCAUGAACCUUACAGGACUUGUUGCUCUGAACUUGUCACAUAAUGCUUUCACAGGCCAUAUACCACCAUCAAUAGGGAAUUUAAGACAACUCGAGUCGUUGGACCUGUCUAUGAAUCAUUUUGAAGGCAGCAUUCCCACACAGCUUGCAGAUUUAAGUUUCCUUUCAUACCUGAACCUCUCCUAUAAUCAGCUGGUUGGAAAAAUCCCUAUAGGUACACAGCUUCAAUCAUUUGAAGCAACUAGCUUCGCUGGCAAUGCAAGAUUAUGCGGUCCUCCUUUAACCCGAAACUGUAAUGAGGCCUCUGAUAUUCCUAAUGCCAAUUCAACAGAUGAAGCACACACAGAUUCAGGAGACACAUUAGAUUUGUCAUUCUUAUUAGGUGGAGUGGGUUUUGGGGUUGGAGCAGGACUGGUUGUUGCCCCAUGUAUGUUUUGGAAGAGGGGAAAGAAAUGGAUCAACCACAUAAUUGAUACCAUUCUCCUAACUGUUCUUCCAAUGUUUGGUCAGUCAUAUACACCCAUUGAUAAUGAUGAUGAGACAGAAGAAGAUGCUGAAGAAGAGGACUCAGAUAUGGACGAGGAGAGUGAUUAUAGUGAAGAUCAAGAUAUAUUCAGUUAUCUGUUUCAAGAGAGGUAUUGUGUUUCAUGCUCCAAGUUUGACAUCAGCAACAAGAAGGUUCUACAUGAUCCGAGGUGUACAUGCUACCACUCACCAAUUGUUUCAAUUUCUAUUUAUUCAAAAUCAUGUUCUUCUUAGUAUGUAUGUAUGUAUGUAUGUUUACAAUUGCACAUAGAAUUC